CCGAUGAAGUUGCCGUUUAUUUCACCAUGAUCAGGAAACCAUUUCGGCCGCCUACAUUUGUCCGACCCGACGUAAAGAACAGCGAACCGCCACAGAAGAAACGUCGAAUAUCGUCUGAGACAUCCGAGAGCAGCAGGGAACCGCUCGUGCCUGUCGAGAACCCAGCGCUUCCACCGAGGGACCCGAACGAGCGAUACUAUACUGUCUUGUGGCGGAAGUAUACCAACAAGAAGAACAAGACGUGGGAUGGGGAUGGAGUCCUCUCGAUCCUCAACGGCUAUGCCGUGCUGGCUGAUACAGUUAACGGGAAAGAGCUUGGAAGGGGGCCCUGUGGUCGGCCGUUGCUCCCGGGUUCGAUAUUGACGGUCGGAGGAAAAGAGGUGGAAAUUGACAGCGUAAUUUCGAAGGACGAUUACCUGGCUGGACGGCCACUCCUUGGAAUGCCCCUCCAGACAUCCUUAGAGCAGCCGAAGCCACUGUCUGUGCAAAAAUGCCUCCCAUUUCAGAACAUGCCAAAUAGGACCGGAGUCUCUCGGGCAGGAUCUGGCCCACGGCCCACCGUAAUGCCUCACGCCGCCCGCAAGCACUUCAAGAAUCCUUUGCUAUCCAGUACUAUCGUUCCAAAGACGAAAUCUUUGCUUCCACAGCCGCGACAUGACCCAGAGCAGCCGAAUUCACUCGUGAUGAAACGACCGACAUCCUACCCAAAGGGGAAGCAGAUUGUGGAUGUGGUUGUUGACCCCAUCCUAGGCAGACACUUGCGGGAUCACCAACGCGACGGGGUCAAAUUCUUGUACGAGUGCGUCAUGGGCAUGCGGUGCGAAGGCGAAGGAGCAAUCAUGGCGGAUGAGAUGGGCCUCGGGAAGACUCUGCAGACCAUCACACUACUAUGGACUCUUAUGAAGCAGAAUCCCAUCUAUGGGAGUCCGCCAGUGGUCACAAAAGCACUGAUUGUUUGUCCGGCCGGCCUAGUCGACAAUUGGCGCAAAGAAUUCCGAAAGUGGUUGGGAAACGAGAGAAUUGGUGUCUACGUGGCUGAUGCGAAGAAUAAGAAGAUUGCGAAUUUUACAAUGGGAAAGGCAUACAAUAUCAUGAUAAUCGGGUACGAGAUGCUUCGGACUGUUCAAGAUGAGCUAAAGAGAGGCAGCGGUGUCGAUAUUGUCAUCGCAGACGAGGGACAUCGACUCAAGACGGCCAAUAACAAAGCCAUGCUCGCCAUACAAUCUCUGAACACAGAGCGAAGAAUUAUUCUUUCUGGCACACCUCUUCAGAACGACCUUAGCGAGUUUUUCACGGCCAUCGACUUUGUCAAUCCGAACCUACUAGGGAAACGAUCUGCCUUUAAACGCGAGUUUGAGAACCCAAUCAUGCGGAGUCGUCAACCCAAUGCGAGCGGGGCGGAGCUAGAGAAAGGUGAAGCUCGUUGGAAGGAGCUCGUUUCUCUAACAAGCCAAUUCAUGAUUCGCCGAACAGCAGAAGUUUUGGCAAAGUACCUCCCACCGAAGACAGAGCACAUCGUGUUCUGUAAGCCAACAGUUGCCCAAGCCGCCGCGUACCGUACCAUUCUCUCAUCACCAAUAUUCACCGCUGCGCUUGGAAACACCGAUAUGGCUCUUCAGCUCAUCACUGUAUUGAAGAAAGUCUGUAAUAGCCCCUCUCUCCUCAAAGCCAAAGACUCGGACGACACGCCUUCAGAAAUGCUCCAGAGCUUGUUCCCACUUCUUCCACCAAACGUUCUUUCAUCCCACGCAUCUAGCGCUAAACUGCGAGUGUUGGAUUCUUUACUCCACAAAAUAUACACUACGACUAGCGAGAAGAUUGUUAUCGUGUCUAAUUACACGACAACUCUCGAUAUGAUCGAACGUCUUCUCAUAUCUCUCUCCUACUCGUUCUUACGCCUCGAUGGGUCCAUCCCGUCUUCGAAGCGCCAAGCUCUAGUUGAAAAAUUCAACAAUAACUCCCAGAAAUCCACCUUCGCGUUCCUUCUCUCUGCGAAAUCCGGAGGUGUUGGCCUGAAUCUCAUCGGCGCCUCCCGUAUUGUGCUCUUUGACAUUGACUGGAACCCCGCCACCGACUUACAAGCCAUGGCCAGAAUCCACAGAGAUGGGCAAAAGCUGCCGUGUAAGAUUUAUCGAUUUUUGGUCAAAGGUGCUCUAGAUGAGAAGAUCUUCCAACGCCAAGUCAUGAAGAUGGGAUUGGCGAAUGCGGUCGUGGAUAAUAAGGCUAGUGCGGGAAGCUUUUCGAAAGAGGAGUUGAGGGAUUUAUUUAGGUUGGAUGGGAGGGAGGGGCUACAGACGCAUGAUCUUCUGGGUUGUUCGUGCGAGGGGUUCGGGGUUUCGGAAGUGGAAGAGGUUUCUACGCCUGAGGUGGAAGGGGUGAGUGAUGAGGAUGAGGAAGGUGAGGCUUGGUUGGGGUUGCGGAAAGCGUCACAAAUUGAUGUGGAGGAACUGGAAAAACAGAUUGAAAAGCGUAAGGGCAAUGGUUCAACAGGUAAACAGCCAAAAUUGAGGAUGUUGAUGGAGUACAGGCAUAUUGAUACGAGCUUGUUAAAGGAGAUGGACGAGGAAAGGGUAGAAGAGAUGACAGCAGUGGUAGACGAUGACGUUUUGGUGGGGGUGCUGAAGGAGCCGGAUUCUCGGGUCAGUUUCAUUUUGACGAAAUCUUCGUCAUAAAAUGGGGGGUUGCAUGGCGAGAUGGGCACUUGAGCGUCAAGGUUUUCUGGAAGGCAUGUUGUGGAUUUAAAGAGCAUGUUCUCGACAACAUGAUACCCAUAUCAAGUUCCGUAUCCUAGCAUUUAGUUACUGGUAUGUUGAUAGAUAAGCA